AUGGAAAAUAAUACGGAUUACCAGUUGUUACUACAGGAAAGACAUUCCAACAUUUCUGUGAGCAGCUCAAUAUUAAUUGUACUUGGUGCUGUAGUCGGGAUCAUAGGAAACCUUGCCAUUAUCUAUUUCUACUUUUUCCGCAUCAAAGAGAGAAAAGAGCGUUACUUUAUUCCAUUAUUGGCCAUUGUUGAUCUUUUGGCAUGUUUUACAAGUCCCCCUUUCUACAUCAUGGACAAUACCUUCUUUUACAAUUACCCGAGUGAUGCUGCUUGUCGAAUUCUUUCGUUUCUGCAGAUGUGUGUUCCUGGAGCUUCGGCUCAUAUACUUCUGGUGACCUUGUUUUGGAAAAGAGUCUUCUUUGGAAUUGCAUGUGGAAUAGCUGUUGGAUAUUCGAUCCCAGUGCUAGGAACCUCAGGGGUUUUAAGUACGGUUGAUAAUUUUAUGAAUCACAAUGUUAGUACAGAAAUAUGCAAAUUUUCCGUCGACACUUCACCAGUUUUAACCGUGUAUUUUGGACUUUUGGCCCUUAUAAUUCUGGCAAACAUCGGGAUUACGGCAGGCUUAUAUGUGCCCGUUUUAAGACAGAUUAAGAUUUCUUUUCGUCGGAAAAUAAAAAUGACAAGCACUCAAAAUGAAAGUAAUUUUACAUCUCAUACCGAGUCUUCACAUACAACGCAGUCAACUGAAAUGGAACUUGACAAAGACCAAUGUGGGAAAGAUAGCACAGAGUUACAAGAGGUUCAUGUAUCAACGGAAGAAAACAAAUCAAACACUCAUGAACACGUUAAAGAAAACUUAGAAGAAACAUCUGGCAACAGAAGACGAGGAAAUUAG